GUGAAUGAAAUAAGCCCCUGCCGUGCCGGACCCGGUGCUGCUGAGCCAGGUGCUGCCGCUUCUCAGUGUCCUCUUCCUCCACAACAGCAUCAGCUCUGUGCUCUGAUGAUUCUGUUGUUGGAAGGGAGGGCGGAUUCUUCUGUUGCUGUCUUCCAUGGAUCUCAUUCCGUCGCACCGCGUUUCACAUUUCGUGCAUUUUUUCACGCUUCCGAGGUUUUGCGGUUGUUUGCGACGUUCUCUUGUGUUUCUUUACUGGAAACCCUAAACGUGUGGUGUAGAGGGUAGAGGAGAAAGGACGAGUUACAUUGCUCGAUCAUCGUUGAUUUCGUUGGAGCUCUGGUGCUGCAGCUGUCUCGAUUCAGCACGUUGGGUCUUGCGUGAUAGCCGCGGUGAAUCUACUCGUUGGUUGGUUUCGUAGUGGAGGAGAACGAUGGGGAAAAAACAGCAUAGCAAGGAUCGUAUGUUCAUUACAAGCACGGAAUGGAAAACAGAAUGGGGAGGGGCCAAGUCGCGCGACUUGAAAACUCCGUUCAAACGCCUGCCGUAUUAUUGCUGUGCGCUGACGUUCACGCCGUUUGAAGAUGCUGUUUGCACAAAAGAGGGCCAUGUUUUUGAUAUUUUGAAUAUAAUACCUUAUGUCACGAAGUUCAAAAGGAAUCCUGUAACUGGCAAGCCACUAGCAAUCAAAGACCUCGUCAAGAUCCAGUUUCACAAGAACGCUGACGGCGAGUAUCAAUGUCCAGUGCUUCACAAAGUUUUCACCGAGUUUACACAUAUUGUGGCUAUUAAGACGACCGGGAAUGUUUUCUCUUAUGAAGCCAUUCGUGAAUUAAAUAUCAAGUCGAAGAACUGGAAGGAACUACUUACGGACGAGCCUUUCACUAGGGAUGAUAUAAUCACAAUUCAGGACCCUAAUAAUCUGGAUGCUAAGGUGCUGUCCGAAUUCGACCACGUUAAGAAAGAAGUUGACCUCGAUUCUGACGAGUUAAAACAACUUAGGGAAGAUCCUGCAUACGGCAUAAAUAUGUCUGGUGAUACGAAGCGCAUUUUACAGGAACUGGGCACGGAAAAGGGUCGAGACAUCGCCUCUAGUGGUGGCGGUGGUGACAAGACUCAGCGUGAGCAUGCAGCUGCUGUUGCUGCUUUGAAAGCAGCAAAGAAGAGGGCACAGGAAAAUCCCGAAGAAGAAGAGAAGAAAUUGCCUCCUAAGCCAGCACCAUUAAGUAUCGUAGAUAUUGCAUCAGCAGCAAUCAAUGGGCGAUCUGCUGCAGCUACACUUGCAGGCUCCGCAGAAAAGACUGCUGCACAUGUUGCAGCUCAUACAGCGGGCUCGCUUGCUCCCGUCAGCUCGAGAUUGGUGAAAAGCAAAUAUACAUCAGGCGCAGCAUCCCGGUCCUUCACGUCAACUUCUUACGACCCUGUCACUAAGAAUGAAUUUGAAUAUGUGCAAGCCGAGCGGAACCCCAAGAAAAAGGGAUAUGUUCGAAUGCACACAUCCCUUGGUGACUUGAACAUCGAGCUUCAUUGUGAUAUCACACCGCGGGCAUGCGAGAACUUCAUCACUCUCUGUGAGCGAGGGUACUAUGACAACGUAAUUUUUCACCGAAGCAUUAAGAACUUUAUGAUUCAAGGAGGUGACCCUACGGGUACAGGAAGAGGGGGGGAAUCCAUCUGGGGCAAGCCCUUCAAGGACGAACUGAAUUCUAAGGUGACGCAUAGUGAGAGGGGCAUUCUAAGUAUGGCCAACAGUGGUCCUCAUUCCAAUGGUUCACAGUUUUUUUUCCUAUACAAGUCUGCGGUCCAUCUCAACUACAAGCAUACUGUGUUUGGCCGAAUCGUGGGUGGUUUGGAUGUACUUUCAGCCAUGGAGAAAGUUCCUGUUGAUGAUGAUGACCGACCCUUAGAGGAGAUCAAAAUUUUGCGUGUUUCAGUAUUUGUGAAUCCGUACGCAGAACUCGAAGAAGAAGAGAAGAAAGCAGCUGCGGAGGCUGCUGCAAAAUCCACUGAUGUCGAUGACGAUGCUGAGAAACUCGGCAGCUGGUAUAGUAAUCCCAGCGCAGGUGUGGCGCCUCAGGCACAUGGUACCGGUGUCGGUAAGUAUUUGAAAAAUAUCGCAACACGGAAAGAAGCUGAUCCAGUAGCCGUUGAUGAUGGUGCGAAUGUGCCAAGCAAGCGGACAAAGAUAGAGAAUGGAAGCGGCGUGCAGUUCAAGGAUUUUUCGAGUUGGUAGGGUCGAUACGAAUCAAAAUCUGCAUCUUUGUCCAACUGAUUCAGAUUGGGCAGUUGGUCAUGUAUUAUACAUUUGUAGAGCUUUGAAGAAGAGAAUUUAGUUUUAUCCGAUCAACUUUCAAGAGUCUGUUUAUGUAAUGGAUUAUUAUUGCCUGCGUAUUAUUUUCA